AGCAGACGCAGAUGGGUCCUCCUCAUCGGACGGCGGAGGAGGGAACCUGCUUGACCCCCAGCACCAGGACAUCCUCACUUGCGGAGUGUGCCAAAAACACUUCGCUCUUGCUGACAUCGUCAGGUUCAUACAACAUAAAGUGGGCUCGUGCAACAAGGAAAAUUUCGCCGCAGGUGCGGGAGGUCAGUGCUACGCAGGAGGGGGUAGUGACGGUGACGAAGGAGGGGGACCACCCCCCUCCACUUUACCCCUCGGUACUAUCAACACCAGGCGACCCAGUAUCUCAGCGCCUAUCAGCGGAAAGAAGAGUCAAAUGCCUGGAAGGGUCCACACACCUCCUCCUGCAUCUCCUAGGUUACCUGCUCCAGGCGAGCUUUGCGUAGACGGAGCCGCCUCCUCGACCCCUAAAAGACGAGCUUCUUCUCCUCUAACAGGAUCCAGUCUGGAUGAAGAUGGAGUCAAGCCCAUCAUCAAGCAAGAGAAGAUCGACACCACCAGCUCGUCACCUGAAGAAGGAAGUUGUAAAAGGAGUAGAACGGAAGUUGCGGAUGCGGAAAGUAAUACCACGCAUAGCG